UUAAUGAUCACCGUCAGCACAGGUGUUUCCCUAAGACAGGAGGGCGUGCCACGUCAUAACUGUCAUGGUGGCGCCCGUGUGCAGAGCAGACAUGGCAGUCAAAUCGCUCAUUUUAACGCUGCUUUUCAAUAAUCUGGUACUUUGUGCGGCAGAUAAAGUGACUGUAAGAGUGCAGAAAGAUGAGCCACAAUGUGUGAACGGACGAUGCCAUCUGCCCACCGGACGGGGGAUGAGUCAGGACAGUUCCAUUGGAGGCGACAGGGGUGAUAAAGAACCCACACCGUCUUCAGAGGGUCUCCUGAAACUACUGAGGGACACGGCGGUCCAUACAAGAUGGAUGGGUAAACGUGCUAGGACUCACCAAACCCAAGGGAGAAGGUACUGGACAAACUAUGUCUGUAACGCUCGCGAGGUGGUGCCGUCUCUCUGGGUCUGUGAUGGGACUGCCGACUGUAUGAACUCUGAGGACGAGAGCGCUUGUCUGGGUUACUGUGGAAACUACGGCUAUCCAGUGCCCGGAUGUGAGUGUGACGUGGGAUUCUGCAUGAACGAUAGACCUUCCCCCGUCUGCGCAUGCGGCUUCAGGGACUGUCUGUUCCCACUACCGAGAUCGUGCAGACGACCUGUAUUUCUGGCGCUGCCGGCCUUCAACCCGACCUCCAUCGGACUGAAAAACCUGCAGGAACCACAGUGUCAGGCGGAGAUGGACCUCAUCUUCCUGCUGGACGGAUCCGCCAGCGUCGGGCAUCUCAACUUCGAGAAGGAGAAAAAGUUCUGUCGACAGCUAGUCAGUGAUUUCGACAUCGGGCCAGACAAGACACGUGUUGCUACCAUCCAGUACAGCAUUGAUCAGCAGGACGAGUUCUGGUUCAACCUGACUGACGUGCACAGCCUGAGGAACGCGCUGGGACAGAUCGUGUACAUGGACGGGCCGGGCACGGAGACGGGGAAGGCCAUCAUGUACAUGGUCGGCAGGUUCCAACAGAGACAGGGCGCCAAAAAGAUUGCCAUCGUGAUCACAGACGGUAAGAACAAUCCCGAGUCGCGGGUGGGGGUGCGUAUGGCAGCAGACCUGGCGCGGGAGGACGGCAUCACGCUGUACGCUGUGGGGGUGGGCGCCGAGGUGGACAUCCGGGAACUUACAGACCUGGCGGGAGAUCCAAGCAGAGUCUACAACGUUGAGGACUUUCAGUCGCUGUCCGCGUUUGCAGAACAGGGUCCGCUGCAGACGGAGUUAUGUCUGUCUGAGACAACGUCAGAUAACCGAACUUCUGGAUUCCCGGGGAGCAGCCGGUCGGGUCCUAUUUCUUCAGAAGAUCUCCGCACAUACGCCAUCAUAUCCUGCUCUUCGUUCUACAUGCAAGUGGACUUCCCACGGAAAUAUUUUCCACAAGUGUACGCACCAGCACUCCACCUAGCGGAUCAGUCCUGUACUGCACGGAGCAACAGUACUCACGUCAGCAUCCUGGCCCCACUGGUGGGAUGUGGAACAACCAGCUCGAUGACUCCAGACUCCAUCCUGUACCGUAACAAGGUGAUAGAGGACGGGCGCUUGCUCCCUGGCUCCUCGUCCUCCCCGAUCACCCGGGCCUGCGGGUUUGAGCUGGACUUCACCUGCCAGAUGCCACGGCGCAAGUCCCUCCUGACCGACUACAACCCCGUAGUCCAGCCAGACAGGUUCUACGAACAGGGCAUGGGGAAACUACAAGCUGUUUUAAGGUUCUGCCGUGAUGCCGACUGCCUGUCGUACAACACUGACUCCCCGCUUGUCGUCAAGAUCGGUGGCAACAUAGUGGUAGAGAUCGAGCUCCUGAACUCUGACCCUGAUCUCAGCAUCAUGGUGGAGGACUGUAUGACCACGGACACGCCCGCUAACACUGGUGGGGGGUACCGGUGGCAGAUCAUUCAGGAGGGGUGCGGUGUGGACCCCACCUACCACCAGCUAGCCGCCCCACGCCACUCGGCCGAAAGGUUCAAGUUCCAAGCCUUCAACUUUGUCAGUGAUGUCACCAGGGUCUACCUGCGGUGUGGUGUCCUCGUCUGUAGGGCUUCUCAACCAGGGAACAGGUGCGCCCGUGGGUGUGUCAGACCAAGGAGGUUGAAAAGAGGAAUGAGAUCAGUGGUGAACCUUGAUGAUGUCAUCAUCCACGUCAUCUCUGGCCCUCUUGUUCUCCUGCUACAGACGACACCGCGACCCUAAGGACAAAUUGGAGACUACUGAAGCUUGAUAUUCGUGACAUGACAACUGCUCUCGGAUUGAAUGAAGAGUUCGACAACCAAUGAAGAUAUUUCUCAAGAAUUCGACCAAAUGUGCAUAAAUGAAUCUAGAUUUAUAUGAUAAAAUACUAUUCAUAUAACUGUCAUUCUGUUGAGUAAUAAUAAUGAUGAACUUGCAUGGAGAUAAA